UCUGUCAGCUGUCAAAUUUUGGUAGAAUUAGUUCAUCUGUCAUCCGGUGAAAAAAUAAAAUAAAACCUAAUCUUGUCGGAAUUCCUAUCUAUAUAAUAUAAAAUGUCUUUUUGAAAUAAAACACCAUGGCACAGAAUUUACAAAAGAAGCCCUCUAAGGGCAUAUUGAAGACGUCGCGGAGCAUCGAUGGCUCCGAUGGAAACCCGUCAACGAGUAAACGGCCGAAGGAGCAGAGGUUUGAUGAGAUGAAUAUUAUGGAGACUUUCCACCCGCCCAACAAGGAUUACGGGCAUAUGAAAGUAGAAGAACCCAAAACACCGUUCUCGGAAGCGGUGGACGGAGAUUUGGAACCAAAUGACGAGUUGGACGCAAACUUGUUAGCGGCGAAGCUCGCGGCGAGUAUGAACAAGCCGCCCAAGUGUGUGGAUGUGGAGAGCGACGAAGAGAUGGAGGAGCCGGAGGAGGUGCGCCGGCGGCGGAUCGAGUUCGAGAAGAAGCGGAAAAUGCACUACAAUGAGUUCCAGGCUCUACAACUGGCGCGGCAGCUGAUGGCACAGGAGGAGGACGACGACGAUGACGAUGAGAAACGGGAGAAAGGCACCUGACUGCCACACGCUCGCUCGCAUGUACAUAACGUUCACGGCUUCAAGUUGAUACAGAAUGCUUAGUGCCGGCUGAAUGGAUCAGGUUUAUUUUAGCGUUGUCAAUAUUCAGGGGAAUUUAAAUUUAAUAAACUCCUGUCUCACAGGUCAAUAUUUAAUUACUGCAUCUGAGCUUUGAGCAUAUGGUCUAAAAUAUAGAUAUCUCUAGAUUACACAAGCUUAUUCACUGUCAAUGCAUGCAUGAUUUUAAUUAACAUACACUGUGCAUAAUCUAGCUUGUAUUAUUUUAUAUCUAACCUCAAGUUCUAUUGUUUUUGCGCGAGAGACCUGCUCGACUCAUGUUUUAUAUUCACCUGCCCUUAUCUCACCCAAUUGGGUUGAUCCAACAUAUUUUUUCAAGUAUAUUGGAAAAGUAUCUGCUUUACUUUUUACAUGUCAUCGUUUGCAUGUUAUAUAAACUUGAAUAUUGACAACACAAUGUCACGCAAAACGCAACACAGAUUUAACAAUUUCCACAAUGUAGUAAUUGAUUUGUGAGGCCACUGGUGUCGAGUUCCUCAAUAUGGCGGUUUGGAAGCUGGCCGGAGUGUUAAUUAAUGUGAGAUUUACAAAGGUUGUUAUGCCAAAGUGUUCCAAUUUUUACUAAAUUGUGUACUGGUUCUGCAGCGUGUGUCGCGGACUUUAUUGUCUACGUAGAAUGAUUCAGAAUGGUUUGUCGGGUUCGGUAUUCGGCUUGGAGCCUAAAUUUAUUGUAUUUACCCAACGCUUGAUUUUCUAUAUCGUGGUUGCGAUGUAUUUUGAAUAUUUAUUUUUUUUUCGUCAUUAGAUUAGGAGACUUAAGUAAUUUCAUUGUAUUUAAAUUAUAAGGAAGCCAUUUAGUCACAUUUUUUACACCGCAACAGAUGCAAUGUUUUUAAUACUUAUGUUAAAUAAUUAUUUUAAAUGUAACUCGUUUUCGUGGCACUGUCAUUAACCGUUUUUGAAAAUAUCAUAUUUGUUUAGUUUAUACAGCUUUUUAUUGAGAAAUAGUACAGAAGCCUUUCUGUAUACCUAUUACCAGCCACUAAUCAAGCUACAAGCUUAUUUUAGUGAUAAACCAAUCAAAAUAUCAGGUGGUUUUUAAUAGCGAGCAUUCGUAGGUAACUAAUAUUCUGAUACGAACAUUCGUACCAGUGCACAUUAUGGUUGGUUUAUACCUUUAAUAAGAAAACUAGAUGGUUCUGGUGUCAUAAAACAUUUACUUAUAAAGCAUAAUAUGAUAUUAAUACAACAAUCACACUAACUUUUGAUUUAGUUACAAGAUUCAUGUCUCUAUUUUUAUACUUGGAGACUGAAGAUAUUGGGAAUAGCUGUAUAAUAUUUUGGAAAAUGGUAUUUUGUUGUAUUUUUUUAUGGCAAAAUGUAGGCUGAUUGAUUGUGAAGUCUGACAAUGGUAAUAUUGAUUGCUAUACUGAAGUGUUAGAAGAAAUAUCACACUUUUCAGAGAAAUUUCAAAACUAUUAUUCCAUAUAAGUUUUUUGUGGUAUUAAUUAGAUCUGGCUGGUCCAUUCAUGCUGUACCGAAAAACAAUUAUAUCAUAGUUCUACUAAAUAUACUAUGUUAUAAAUACAUAUUACAAUAGGUUGAUCUGGCAGUCUAUGGGGGUCACCCAUGUUCAGCAGACGACAGAUGAUUAUCCCUCAACAGUCGACACAAUUAUGUAGACUUGUUGGAACCGGAUACACAGGCUGAUCCCAUCACGCGACACAUAAACGUGGGCCAAGAUCGCAGGUUUCAACAUCUUGUGUACGGUGGUUGUUAUCCGGGCUGAUAUAAAUUAUAUCCUACCAUCAGCAAAAUAAUAGUGUGUACUCCAUGUAGCUUUGUUCGACAUGCAACCUUAUUACGGGUUAUAAUUUUAGUGUGAUUGUUAAGAUAAUGUUUUUUUAUGCUUUUCUGUAAUAUUGCAGAAACUAUACGGGCAUGUCAAGCAUGUUUAUUAUAUAUCUGCAGAACUAGAUGACUAAACUAGGUCAUUUAUCUCGUUUCUAAAUGAUAUGGGAUGUCACAAUAAAAGCGUCUCAUAAAAAUAGUAUUGAAAAUAGUUUACUAGAGAUUUAAAUGUCCAUGAGGAUAUCUUUAGGUUUUUUGCUUGCAAUGUCCUCAAAAUUUGAAAUACAAAGGAUUUCAAAUUUAAUCUUAAAAAUUGUAAUCAUAAGCCACUGAUUCUAUUCUAUUUUUGUGGCAUCCUGUAUAGCGAGAUGCCCACAAUUACAUUAUAGUUAAACUAUCGAAAGAUGCAGAUGGAUAUAUUUAUUUAUGAUAUAUACAUACCUAUAUUGUAUUUAUUAUACAAAUAUACAUGAUUACUAUCGUUUUAGUUGGAAAGUUCGUUUUUAUUUACACAAAACAUUACACAUUUGUUCAUUGACUUAAAAUGAUAAUUGUUCACAGCAUUUUAGAGUAUUUAUUGUCUAUGUUGUUCUUCAAUGUAGAAUGUGAGAAGAAAAGUGGCACACAGUCAAUAUUUAAUAUUCUGUCGACAAGAAUAAUAAUUGAAUAGAUGUCGCUAAUUGAAACCUACAUCGCACAAUACCCAUCUCACGUUUUUGUAGCACUAGUUUGUGAUUUCUAUCUACCUUAAUCUACUUAACCACGUUUAUCUGUAAGACUAAAAUAAAAUUUGGUCUCCAGUAAGUGAUGAUCUUAUUUGCGUCUAGAUUGUAUUGCACUGUUAUUUCGUUUUCAGAAAUAGAACCACUGGGAUAACGAAUUUAUAACUUUUUUAAAUAACUCAAUUUUUGCCACAGUGCAGAUGUCGUAUCAAAAUAUUGCAGGUAAAUUUUCUUGAUUGAUGACACAAAAUAAUUUAAAUUUUGUCAAAUAUAAACACAAUUAGUGCACUCGCCUCUUAUUCAUAGAUAUUUAUCUAAGGACGGCAUUGCAGUGAUAACAAAUCUUUUUCUCAGAUUUGUUUAUCUGACAGCUUGCUGUUUGUUCAGCUUUGUUUAUCUGACAGCCAAUUAGAUUCAAGUUGUAUCUCAAUAUUAGCCAAUCACAACGGCCCUAUGUCUACGCACUGCAAAGGCUGCCAUGCCGUCAGCACUGAGAAACAGACUUGUUAUGACAGCAAUGCUCCGUCCUUAGAUAAAUAACUUCUAUGAAUAAGGCGGUCAGAUUGUUACUAUAGUUUAUUAUUAGACUAUCUUCUGUUAUUGUACACUUUACCAUCAGUUCAUAGUUACAUAAAUAUACAAUAACCUUAUUAAUUUAUCCACAGUGAUUACCAUUAAUAUUUGUUAUUGUUUUCUGUACUUUAAAUUCCUCGGUUUUGGUAAGAAAAAUCUUUUUAAAUUUAUACACAUUUAUAAGGUGACUUUGUCCCGUUGCCCUAAUUGCUAAUCGUUCAUACAAACCGAAGCGCAUAGGUUGUACGAACUCGCGAUAUAAAUUAUUAACCUUCUGUUGAGUAUCUAACCGCCAUUUUCAAUAAACGAAUAGCUUCUUUUUAAUCUAUUUCAAAAAUGGACCAAUCAGAAAAAAGGGUUUUAGACAUGCUUACAAAUGAGUUAUUUUGAUUGGUUCAUGAUUGAAAUCGGAUUAAAAAUUGAGAUUGGGAUCGUAUAUUGGAAACGGCUGAAAAAUAAUGUUCGAUCAAUAACUUAACGAUCAUUUUAUUGACGAUGUCAAUUGGGACGACGCCGAAGACGACUUAUUUUUAUUAUUCUUACCAUAAUUUGAAUGUUUCGAAAAUUUAUUUAUACAUUAUGUGCCAAGAAAAUUGUAUAUUUUGCACUUACGACGAAAGAGUGACAUGCAUAAAUAGAUAUUUUAAUUAUUUGUAAUAAAAUGUUAGCUAGUCCCCCAAGUGACUAAUGAUAUAAUUUUAAUAUUGAUAUAUUUAUUUUUUUAUACGAAUAAAUUAUUACGGUUGAUUAUACGAAAAAUUUAAGAAGUAAUUAUAAACGUGCUAAGCCCCACUCAGACUUUUGCAACGACACUAACUCGCAACAUGUGCACAUAAUCGUUUAGAACAAUUAAGUGAAGCACAUAAUUAUUGGAACUUCCAUUUAAUCAGAUUUUGUUGUUUAAAAACCAGUGCUGAAUGUUCGACGAUAUGCUGCGAGAAACGUUGCAUGCGCAAUGUGCACUAAAAUUAACAGCACAUAAAGUUAAAAUAAUGAAUUUAUAGACGCUUUCAAGUGAACUAUACUUUACAGGGCUUAUGUAGAAGUGGUAAUGUAGUGCGUUAACGAGAAUUGGAUAUUUUUGACUAUUGUAGCGGUUAGAGAGAGAUUAAGAUACGACUAGAUGUGAUAGGGCGCCGACAUGCUCAUAAGAACCGAGGAUACUGGUUAAUUAGUAGUUAAAUAAUGUGUCUACUUCAAAGUUAAUACGUUAUGAUGCCUAGCGGAGAUUGGUGCGGGCUUUGUGGAAUUAAAUAUUGGGCGCAUUAAUUUAUACUUGAGGGUCGAGGCCGCAUUCGAGUAACGAAGGGUAUAAUGUAAGUGGUAUUGGAUAUAGAGUUCCAACCCUUAUGUUUUAUUUUAAUUAUUAAUUUCAGGAUUUAACAAUAUUUACAUAACUAUCCAAGAGCGUUAUUUGGUUAAUAAUUUUGUAAAAUGGGUUCUGAGUGUCAUAAGUGUACCAAAAAUUAUUUUAUUACAUUAGAAGCCCUGUCUGGAUAUAAUAUGGUCUCGUAAUUGGCAAUAAAAGUUAUAUGAUAAAUCAAGUUAAUGCGUCCAAAACUUAGGCACAAGAGUUCGCUACAAUAAACGUUAGUGUUUUAAGCCUGGAUGUGUUUAAAUGAAGCCUGAGUCAGUUAUACUAAAAAUACAUAAUGUAAGUUCGGGUAGAAUGUUUAGAAUUAUUAACGUUCGUAGUUUGGGCAUAGAUUUCUGUAAUUUUUAAGAUAGAAAAAGAUGCAAGAUGUUUGUAACAAUAUUUUGUUGCAGCCUUCAAAGAUUUUAGAAUAUCUCAGAUUUUUUAUAUUGUACCUAGAUUAUUUCUUGCUCAGUUUAAAAUUGAAUUUAAAUUAUGCAUUAACAAUUUUGCAACAUAUAAUGUAACAAGUGACGUUACACGCUAUGUUGCAUGUUAAAGGGUUCCUUUGUAUUUUUGUGUAGACUGAUAGAACAAGUUAAAGAAUUGUUAACAUAACUCUUACUCUAAUGUUGUAUUAUUUCACAUUAAUAAUUUAAUUUACAGUUUGGCUAGCCAAUAAACACCUUUAUUAAUGCUUCCAUUAAUAAUUUAACUCUAUUAUUUACAUGACAUGGGAAAAUAUUAUGUUUGAACUCACAAUUGGCGCCGCGUAAGCAAGAAUGAACCUAUGUGAAAAUUAGUUUUGGUUUUAUUUAAUAUGUCAUAUUAUAUUAAAGACAUUUUCACAAUUAAAAUAUGCUAUUUACAAGGUGUUGCGAUCUUGAUCCUUACAAAGCUAAAAUGACUAUAUUUUUUCACGUAUGAUAAAUUUGUCAACUGACAUAAAUACGCCAACUCAUUAACUAAUUAAAUGUUACUUAUACUGCGCUCACGGCAUCAAUUGCAUUUGUUGUUUAAAAUCAUUUUAUAAAGUAAGGUUGAAAUCUCAAUCCACUUUUGAGAAUGACUUGCAGGUGUAACAUACUGCCACAUGAUGACAAUGCAAAGAUAUUUUAAUCAUUUUGGUUUAUGUUACACACCAGAACGUACACGUUAUUUAAAUGAAAAAGUAUAAUAACUAUAUUAUAACUAACAAUAAUGUGCAAAGCAAUACAUAAAGUGUGUAUUUUUUCUAUGAUACAUUGGCCUUACUCGAAAUUAAGUUGUUGCAACGUUUUAAUAUAAAAUGUACAGAGUAAAGCGGCUUUUCCUAAAAUGUAUGUGUAAAUAGUAAUAAUAAUAUCAGAUAAUA